AUGUCGCAAGAGGAUACGUUCAAGACCCGCGCCCGGGUGGGCUUUGCCAAAGGCGAGGAAUACGACCAAUAUCGCCCCACCUACUCGCCCACCAUUGUGCAGCUUCUCCUCGACAAUCUCCAGGUGAAUGGCAAGCAGCACGCCAAAAUCCUCGACUUGGCUGCCGGCACCGGCAAAUUCACCGAAGCCGUGGCGGCUCGCGAGGAGCAAUUCGAAAUCGUGGCCGUUGAGCCGCACGAGAAAAUGCGUGGCGUGCUCGCAGGAAAGGAGCUGCGAGGCGUGACGGUCAAGGAUGGCAAGGCUGAUGCCAUUCCCCUGCCGGAUGCGAGUGUAGAUGCAGUGAUUUGUGCUCAAGCUUUCCACUGGUUUGCGACCAAGCCUGCAUUACAAGAAAUCCAUCGUGUGCUGAAACGCCACGGUCAUCUUGGAAUGGUGUGGAAUAUCGAGGAUUACAAUGCACCGCAGGGACACAAGGCCAAGACGACUUGGGAGGCAAAAGCGCACGAUCUCAUUUGGUCCUUCAACGACGAGGACCCGAGGUUUCGGCACGAGAAAUGGCGAGAGGUCUUCGACGAGCAGGUCAAAUCAUCGCCACUGUCUUUGCUGCCAUCGGGUGACGACGAACAGUUCUUCUCGCUUCCGCUUGGUGAGCAACAAGAGGCAUUCGAGACGUGGCUGCCCAAGGAGAAGAUCUGGGACAGGUUCAACACGCUCAGUCACAUUGCUGUGCUGGAGGGUGAGGAGCGGGAGAAAACGUACAAGACUUUUAUGGAAGCACUGAACAGUCCAGACACUGAGACGGAUGGCGAGGGAAGGGUAGCUGUUCAUGGAACGACCUUUGCUGUCUGGACCUCGAAGAUACCCGCCGAAGGUCGCGAUGAGUUGGCCGAUGUUGAGAGGCAAUAG